UUGUUAAGAGACCAAGUCGCAUCCUUUCAGUAUAGUUUCUCUUCUUCUCCCCUGCCCUCUUUCUCCAGCGAAGCUACGUUGGAAGUUACUUCGUCUGGGAGAAAUGAAUUUCACAAUUUAGGGUUUCUUUUUCUGUUAUUUUCAUCCGAAAUUCCGAAUAAACUAGUUCAAAAUCAAAUUCUUCAUCAGAUUAGUAAGAAGAAGACAAUAAAUCAUACAGCAAUGGGGAAUAUAUUCGUGAAGAAACCGAAAAUUACAGAUGUUGAUAGAGCAAUUCUCUCUCUAAAAACACAGCGAAGAAAGCUUGGGCAGUAUCAACUACAGCUUGAAGCUGUGAUUGAAGCUGAGAUGAAAGCUGCUAGAGAAUUAAUUCGUGAGAAGAAGAAAGACAGGGCCUUACUUGCGUUAAAGAAGAAAAAGACCCAGGAAGAAUUAUUAAAGCAAGUUGAUACCUGGAUCAUGAAUGUCGAGCAACAAUUGAAUGACAUUGAGCUUACAAGCAAGCAAAAGGCCAUCUUUGAGAGCUUGAAAGCAGGAAAUAAUGCUAUCAAAGCUAUACAAGGUGAGAUCAAUUUGGAUGAUGUGCAGAAGUUGAUGGAUGACACUGCUGAAGCGCACACAUACCAAGAUGAAAUUAAUGCGAUACUCGGGGAGAAGUUAUCAGCUGAAGACGAAGAAGAUGUUUUGGCAGAGUUUGAUAACUUGGAAACAGAACUCGGACUUCAAGAUAUGCCAGAAGUUCCUGGUCCUUCAGCGACAUCCUUGGAGAAACUUAGCGGUGAUGAGGACCUGGCGCUCCCAGAUGUGCCCAAAAAGACCCCUGUCGUGGUUGCAGAUGGGGGAGAAGAGGCAUCAGGCAGAGUGUCUACUCGAAGAAAAGGUCUCUCUCUCUCUCUCUCACUCUCUCUCUCAGAAAUUUAACUUUAUGAUCUUUUAAUGCAGUAUUGGAGGAACCCUUGCCUGCUUAAUCAGCACAGACUCAGAGAUGGUUAUUGCUGUAUAGUAGCUACAAAUGUGUCUUAAUGAUGAAACCUGAGGAUGUUUUCUGACCAGUGUACAGCUUCUUUACAUUGUAAUUGCUACAUUUUGUGUCCAAAAUUUUUAGGCAUUUGUCCUUCAAUAACAUAUACACCGUUUAAUUUUAAACCGCGAAAUUAUAGAUUGAAACUGCGUAACUUGUUACUUAUAAUCUGUAAAGUUGUCCUAUUUUAUCUUGAA